CGGUGAACCCCCUGCAUGCGCCAGCCGGCUCAGUCCUCUGUCUGUGCCAAAAUUGUCCAGUUGCUGGGACAGAAUGAAGUAGAUCAUCACCAGAAACAGGUUGUUAUUCUAAGUCAAGACAGCUUCUACCGGAUACUCACCACAGAACAGAAAGCCAAAGCCCUCAAGGGCCAAUUCAACUUUGACCACCCAGAUGCCUUUGACAAUGAACUGAUUAUCAAAACACUCAGGGAGAUCACGGAGGGGAAGACAGUUCAGAUACCUGUUUAUGACUUUGUCUCCCAUUCUCGCAAAGAAGAGACUGUAACUGUGUAUCCUGCUGAUGUUGUGCUAUUUGAAGGCAUCCUAGCCUUCUAUAACCAGGAGGUUCGGGACCUUUUCCAAAUGAAGCUUUUUGUGGAUACUGAUGCUGAUACUCGGCUGUCUCGCAGGGUUCUGCGAGACAUCAGUGAGCGAGGCAGAGACCUAGAGCAAAUCUUAUCUCAGUACAUUACCUUUGUCAAGCCAGCCUUUGAAGAAUUCUGCCUGCCUACCAAGAAGUAUGCUGAUGUCAUUAUCCCAAGGGGAGUGGAUAACCUCGUGGCCAUCAACCUCAUUGUCCAACACAUUCAGGACAUCUUGAAUGGCGGUCACGGCAAGCGCCACUGCAAUGGCUACUUGAACGGCUAUGCUCCUCACCGCCAGCAUCAGUGCUCAGAAUCCAGCAGCCGGCCACACUGACCCCCAGGGUUAAGAGGAGCCCGUGCGCUGCCAAUCUUAAGCAUUGCAUCCACUUGGCCUCUGCCCAGCCUCCCUUGUCUGCUGGAGAGACUGGCAGGCCUGGACAGAGGACCUUUGCUUCGAUGAGCUGAGCUUGCCCGCCUGUAGUGGUGCUGUCCCAAACUCCGCCACGGACAAGAAAAUCUCUUCAGUAAAAAUACAGAUGAUCUCUUUAUUUUGUGCAACGGCAAGAUGGCAUCUCUUGGUUGUGAGACCACACCAUUUCUGAGAUGUCCAUAGAUAUCUGUGAGGGGUGGGAAUUGAACUGGAACUGGCUAAAAAUGGCACUUAAACCUCAGGCUUGCAUUUACAGGAGAAGAGGUGAUGGGGUUAAGCAACACUUUUCCCCCCCUUUGUUUCUUUUUCUCUCUUUUUGCUCCGGUUACUAAACAUGUGUGUCAUUUUUUUAAAAUUUCUGGGAAGUGAGCAGAGACAGUGAAAGUGGGACAUGAGGCUCAGCCCAUUAUAUUUAAGUCUUGCCAUCUGGGCUGCCGAUGCCCAUAUUCUCUUGUCCUCUGUAUCCCCUACUGCUAUGGUGCCAGAGGCUAAGCAGUGGUUCUGUGAGACACUGGUUAAUAUUGAAGUGAUGAGGACAGAGCUGAAACAUUUGACUUCUCCUUGGCCUUAAGCUUCCAGCAGUGUUUUCUGUACAUGGAGCAUACACUCUGCUUUCCCAAGUGCCCACAUGCCAGCCAGGGAACUGGUAUUCCCACUGAUGCCCCUGAAGCUCUAUUCAGGUAGAGCAGAGCACAGGCUAUCUCAGCCAUUCAGCAGGAUAGUUGGGCCCAUAUCACCUUGGAGCAAUGGGACUGAUACAGAGGGUCCCCAGGAGGGACCAGUGCCAGAGAACAAAGUAAAGGAGUGCACUGUUGUAUUUUUGAUGGCACCAAGAGAUGAUUCUACCGAUCCUGCACUCUCUUUUCUGGCUGUGGUGUCCUCCAGGACAAGGUUCUUGUCAAUGUCUGAUACUCUGCCCUAGACACUCAUAUUUCAGCUGAAGUGGAGCUGGUAAGCAAAGCUUUGUUUCUCCUUUAGUAUUUGGGGCUCUGGCUAGCUGGAAAGCGAAGGAUAAAUCUGCCUUAUUGUGCCCCAUUCCACACUAGCAGUUAUUGUUUCCCUCAAACAUUCAAGGGAGAAGAAACUGUGGGAGAAAAAAACUCGGUCCUCAAAGUCUUGUUCUUCAGAGGGGUUUGGAUGAAUUCUCCGCAUGGUGGGGCAGGAUAGGACAGAACAAUUCCUAUGUUUCUGGGCUCUUCCUGAGAUGAAUGGGAUGAGAUAAAUUUUCCUUUAUUUCCCUUAAUAAAGAUGGCAUAAUGAAAAGA